AUGCUAUUUUCAUUGUUAUCCGCAACUGCAACCGCCACCACCUCUUCGAUUAUAUCGCCACCAACAGGUUGGAAUGAUACUGGCGGUGGAGGAGGAGACGAUGACCACAAAUACCAGGACCAGACGAAGGGCCAGCGCGAUCUGUUGACUCAGAUUGCGAUCAGCUCUGUCUUCGGACUUGCGGCGUUUAUGGGGUUUUGUGUUCUUCGACCAAAAUGGAGGGAGUUAUAUGCCGCCCGGAGGAGAUUGAGGACGGCUGCUGCUAGACUGCCUGAGUUGCCCAAUACAUUGUUUGGCUGGAUUCCAAUCGUGCAUAGAAUUUCUGAGGAUGAAGUGUUGGCAUCUGCGGGACUGGAUGCGUAUGUGUUUCUGUCAUUUUACAAGUACGCCCUCAGGUUCCUGUCAGUGGUGUUCAUUUUCACCCUCACGGUUAUCCUUCCUAUUCACUAUAUAUAUACGAACAAAUAUGGUUAUCCGUGGGACAAGCCCGAUGACCUCAAUGACGGCUCCCAGAAAGCGAAAGCCGACCCGACAUACCUGUGGAUGCAUGUUGUAUUUGUGUACGUAUUCACUGGCGUGGGUAUGUACUUCCUCGUCGAGCAGACAAACAAAAUCAUCCAGAUCCGCCAACGGUAUCUGGGUGGGCAAACUACCAUAACAGACAGGACAAUCCGAUUAUCGGGAAUUCCUCCGGAGUUGCGCUCAGAGGAUAAAAUCAAAGAGUUUAUUGAAGAGUUGGGGAUUGGAAACGUGGAGCAGGUCAUGCUCUGCCGGGACUGGAGCGAGCUUGACAGCCUCAUAGAAGCAAGAAAGGGCAUUCUGCAGCACCUCGAAGAGGCAUGGACGGAGCAUGUCGGCUACCGCUGGAAACGGUCCGACAGCAGAGGCAACGCCUUGCCCCUCGUCCGAACAGAUCCGAUGGAAAGAAGCCUUGACCUGAGUGAGGACAACGAGCGGUCUCACCUUCUGUCGACUGAAGACUCUGCACGAGCUCAUGUGUCGAGCUGUGAGCGUAAGCGACCGACUAUUUGCAUCCGGUAUGGCCUGCUCAGGCUGCGAUACAAGAAAAUCGAUGCGAUCGAUUUCUACGAGGAGAAGUUACGCCAAUUGGAUGAGAAAAUCGAAGAGAUCCGCGGAAGGGAGUUCUCGCCAACUCCACUCGCCUUCGUAACUAUGGAGUCCAUCGCUGCUUGUCAGAUGGCCGUUCAGGCAAUUCUUGACCCUUGGCCAAUGCAGCUAGUGGCAAGCUUAGCACCAGCUCCCGCAGAUGUGGUUUGGCAAUACACUUACCUCUCGCGGAAGAGCCGAAUGCUGCGUGGUUGGUCGAUCACAUUGCUAAUCGGGAUACUCACUGUUUUCUGGUCUGUCCUGCUCAUCCCACUCGCCUACUUGCUCAACCUGGAAACCAUCGAGAAGGUAAUUCCUAGCCUUGCGGAUGCUUUAUCACGACAUCCCCUUGCCAAAUCGCUAGUUCAAACUGGUUUGCCUACUCUUAUCCUUUCUCUCAUGACGGUUGCUGUUCCGUUUAUUUAUGACUGGCUGGCCAACCUUCAAGGCAUGACAUCUCAAGGAGACGCUGAGCUGUCUCUCAUCUCCAAAAAUUUUUUCUUCACGUUUUUCAACCUCUUCCUAGUCUUCACUGUUUUCGCAACAGCCUCCAACUUCUAUGGCCUGUUUGAAAACCUCCGUGACGUCCUCAGAGACACAACAACCAUUGCAUUCGCCCUCGCCCGGUCCCUCGAAACUCUAGCCCCUUUCUAUACUAACCUAAUCGUCCUUCAAGGACUUGGCCUCUUUCCUUUCCGUCUGCUCGAAUUCGGGAGCGUAUUCCUCUACCCAUUCCAGCGUUUUAGCGCAAACACUCCCCGUGAUUUCGCCGACCUCGGACAACCCCCCGUCUUCAGUUACGGUCUUGCCCUACCACAAACUAUCAUGAUCUUCAUCAUCACUGUCGUCUACAGCAUAUUUCCCAGUUCCUAUAUCGUUUGUCUCUUUGGUCUGAUCUACUUCGCUAUCGGCCAUUUCAUCUACAAAUACCAACUCCUCUAUGCCAUGGACCACCAGCAGCACAGCACAGGCCGUGCGUGGCCAAUGAUCUGCUCCCGUGUAAUCCUAGGGUUCAUUGUCUUCCAGCUUGCCAUCAUCGGUACCCUCGCUCUCCGUACGGCCGUCACUCGCUCAAUCCUCGUUGUUCCUUUAUUAGCGACGACCGUCUGGUUUUCUUACUUCUUCUCCCGCACCUACGAUCCGCUUAUGAAAUUCAUCGCUCUGCGCUCAAUCGAUCGCUCCCGUGCUGCUACUGACCAGGACGAGACGCCCACGCCCACUUCGACCAUGUCCCCAUCGUCACUUUGGGAUCGCGAUGCUGUCCCACUCCGCUUCCGUGGCGGGGACCUUGCGUCGAAGUUGCAGAAGUAUGUUAAUCCGAAUUUAGUCGUUCCGCUUGACGAGGUAUGGAUUCCGGGCCGUGGAGCCACCCCACCACCCAAUAGCGAUCAUGUUGACCGAGCUGGUGAUACCCCACCUCGGAAUAAUAGUAGUAGUGUCCGCUCGAAUGGAAAUAGGAAUCAGAGGGACAGGGGAUACGUCCCCGUUUAA